UAGGGGGGCCAGAGAGGCGCUCCGGGACCUCCGCUCUCCGCCCUCUUCCCGUCCCCGGCCCUCGCCGACUUCUUCUCCCCUCCCACUCCGGGGUCGCCGCGGCCUCGUGUGACAGGGGGAAUGAAAACAAGAAGAGCGGGGCGGAGGGGCGGGCGGCGAGCCCGGGGGCGGGACUCGCCUGGACGGCAGCCAAUGGGAAGCGAGGGGCGGGGCGCUCGGCUAGCCUCGCCCCAGGCCUGGGAGCUGAGCGGCGGGGAAGAGGGAAAGCACCCGGACUGGCGGACUCCGGGAGCCGCGGAGAGCAGCGGGGAGCAGCGGCGCUCCAUUGCAGCCCCCUUACUCAUGGCUUCCCCUAAAAUUGCUUCCCUCUCUUGGGGGCAAAUGAAAGUGCAAGGCUCUACCUCAACCUACAAGGAUUGCAAAGUAUGGCCCGGAGGCAGUCGGGCUUGGGAUUGGAGAGAAACAGGAACUGAGCAUUCCCCUGGGGUGCAGCCUGCAGACGUGAAGGAAGUCGCUGAGAAGGGCGUGCAAACCCUGGUGAUUGGCAGAGGGAUGAGUGAGGCCCUGAAGGUGCCGCCAUCCACUGUGGAGUACCUCGAGAAACAAGGCAUUGAUGUGCGGGUCCUCCAGACGGAGCAGGCGGUGAAGGAGUAUAAUGCCUUGGUUGCCCAAGGGGUCAGAGUGGGAGGCGUCUUCCAUUCCACCUGCUGACGGAGCCCACGGAGGGGAAUAAACCACUAAGCAAUGA